ACCGACCUGAACCUCAGCAGGUCAGGACCCCAGAGGGAGCUGUUGUUACACCUGAAUUCCCCCCAACGGCAUCAACUUUAUCUGAUGAGACGCCAUCAGCUGCCCGACAGGUUCACCAAGAGAAGAAGGUAUAAAACCACUGAGUUCACUUUUCCACAGCAUCCUCCUUCCAGUGCGUGCUACUGCACUGCUGCUACUGCUGCUUGGCUCAAACAUCACAGCAAGAUGUCUUCAGCUCUGCUCUUCACGUUGCUCCUCUCUGGACUGGGGAUCGGAGGAAAUAUAUUCAGCGAUGCAGGUCCAGAUGGUUGUGGCAUUCUUUGUGAAUACUGCCCUGCUGGAUGGACUCUGUAUGAAGAAAAGUGUUACAUGUUUAUGGAAACUGCAACAUACUGGGCUAAUGCUGAGAUGAUCUGUAAUGUGUCCGAUGCACAUCUGACCUCCAUUCAUGGACCGGAUGAGUACAGCUUCAUCAGGGGUCUCAUCAACGAAGCUACAGGAGAAAACACCACAACCUGGGUUGGAGGCACCAAUGGUGAAGGUGACUACUGGACGUGGAGUGAUGGUUCCCCCUUCAACUUCACUAACUGGGGUCCAGAAGAACCAGACAACGUGGAUGAAUAUGAGUACUGCAUGGAGAUCAACCUGAACGGAGAAGAUUACGUCCACGCUGAAAACUGUGACACAAGAAAUGCUUUCGUUUGUGCCAAAGACGCGUUGAUGUCGUUUCCUCUAGACGCCUGAUACGGUGACGUCACUUCCUGAAGGAUGUCGUGCCUCGAAGACGUUUCUUCUGGAAGACAAACGGUCAAAUCUGAUGUGAAAGUCAGAUAAUAAACAUGAAUAAAUGUGUCUUCUAAAAUUC